CUCUCAGCGCGCGGCGACGACUCGUCUGUCUAGUGUAACAUUUUAUCAAUGUGACAGUGCAAAGUGAAACCGGUUUAUUGGACCUCGAUGUGAGUUAUGGAACAAGAAGAGAGCAAAAUCUCGGUGUGGGUAUGCCGGGAGGAGAAGCUGGUGUCCGGAGUGUCCAGACGCACCACCUGCGCGGAUGUAGUGAAAGUGCUGAUGGAGGACCAGAACUUCCAGAAAGGCGCGAUGCUCACCGGUCCUCCACAGUCGUACUGUAUCGUGGAGAAAUGGAGGGGUUUUGAGCGGAUUCUGCCGAAUAAAACCAAAAUCCUGCGGCUGUGGAGCGCCUGGGGCGACGAGCAGGAGAACGUGCGCUUCGUCCUGGUCAGGAGCGACGCGUCGCUGCCCAACAGCGGACCGAGGAGCGCCGAGGCGCGGGUCGUGCUCAGCAAAGAGAGCCCUUGCACUACCAGAGCCACCAUGCAGAUUACACAGGAAAAACAGCGGAGGAUUGUGCGGAAGGCUUUUAGAAAGUUGGACAAAAUUAAUCGGAAGAGAGAGGAGACUUCAAAAGACAAACCAUCAGCGGAGAAAAUGGAAACGCUCGUCCACCUCAUUAUUUCGCAGGAUCAUACUAUCCGACAGCAGAUACAGCGAAUAAAAGAGCUGGAUGGUGAAAUCGAGAGGUAUGAAUCGAAAGUUCACUUUGACAGAAUGAAAAUACACGGCGUAAACUACGUGCAAGACACUUAUUUGCUCGACCAAGGCUUGGAUAGCGAUUCCAGCGCGCAUCCGGACGCGUCCUUUGCGCAGUUUGAGGAAUACGCGGCACGCUGCGAUCAAGUCAUUCAACUUCAGGAGGAACUGGCCGAGAGGGAGGCUCUGAUGGAGAUACUUACAGGUGAAAUACAAGAAGAACUCAACCACAGGUGGAUGAGACGGCGACAGGAGGAGCUCUCCAACAAAGACGCGGAGAGCACUGGAGAAGAAACGGCUCUCAAGGUGACUUCGGUCCCAGUUGUGCCGGACCUAACAGACAACGAACUCCAAUUAGAGGAGGAGAGGAUCAAAACACAACUGGAUACGAGUUUAUACAUCGGGCUGCGCUUGAACACCGAUCUGGAGACGGCGAAGAGCGACUUGGAUUUGAGUCAGGAGCUUUUGGACGCGAAAGAAAAGGAGUUGAGGGAAUUACUCGAAAAGGUUCACAGAUUAGACGAGUUGGAAGAGAAACAGGCGGAAGACAGCAAAGAUGAGGGAGAAACCGAACAACUGCCUUCCGUAGACAAUGUUUGGGUAGAGCAGGCGAGGGGACUGUCCAAAACCUGCACCAAUGAUGAUGACUCGGACACCGGAUUGAGUUCAAUGCACAGCCAGGACUCGGAUAACGCGCCUGUUUGCGAGUCACUUGUGUGACAAGACGAUUUAGAAUCAUUCAAUACGGCGCCAACUCAGGGAACAUUUCGCCUCUUGUUGAUUUCACGAAUGUUCUCUUUAUAAGAGAGGAACGCAUGUAAAUUAUACCAGUCUAGUGUUAUGAUCGCCUCACUCUCUAAUUGCCUCACUUAUACACAUGGAGAAUAGCUUGUAAGGUGCAGCUUAGCAAAUUAGAACUAAUUAACCAAUGCAUAGACUGAGAUGUCCACUGUGAGCUGACUAAUGUUGCAAUACCAGCAGUAUGUAUUUGUUUUCCGUUGCCUUACGUGUAAAAGCUAGCAUUCGAGUUUUGUGGGUUUUUAUUUCCCAAAUGUUAUAUAAUGUAUUCAAAUUUGACAUUGUUUCUCUUCUGGGGGGAAAAAACAACAACUAAUGACUCAUCGUGCAUUACACUGAUUUUUAUCUAAUCAGAUGUUCUCUAGAAAUAAGCUAAUAAAACAUCAUAGGAAUUUGUAGUUGAUGCAUUUGAAGUCUAUUGGCUUUUUAAAAAUAAAAUCAUUAGACUUUCAAUAUGCCCCACCCACACUUCCUUUUCAACAGGAAGAACGCUGACCAGUGCAGCUGUAGCUAUGGUACAAACAUGAACCAUGAUUUGCUAGUCAGUUGCAGGUGGUGUUAUGGGGCGGGGCAUUCUGACUCUAUAGAGCAUCUAAUUGGACAAAAAUCUGUGUAGUGCGGGAUGAGUCAUCAGUAUUUUUGGUCAGUUUUACCAGAAGAAAAUUAUUCAAAAAAAAUUUUUUCUCUCAACGUUUAGCAUAUAGAAUUCCUAGAAUUAAUGUACAUGGACUAAAAACCACAAAACUCUAAUUUGGUUUAAUGGGGUCUUGAGAAUUGUUUAUUGUACAACAUUUAGGCAGAUCAAAUAUCUGCAUUGAGCAACUAUGUGCUAAUCCCUUCCAUGUUCACCAGCUGACUAAUUAGAACAAUUCGCUAAUAGCUUUUACUCAAGGAAUCAAUUUGCAUAACCAGAAAACAUCCUGUGCUGUGGGAACUGAUGUUGUGGGAAUCAAAAGGUGCAUGCGCCGUGCUGCUGUUUAUUCAUACUUCUGAGGAGCUGAUGCGUGAAGCCCUGUUUGCUCACAGUAAAAAGAAAGACUGAAGCAAUUUCAACGAGACAGCUCCAAUUAAACGAAAUGUACAGUCUUCUAGACAUACUGGAAUUUGCUGUCAUUUCUGCUUUUUUUUCUUAGUCACGAGGGACCUUUUAGGAUCAUGUGUCAUUGACUAAUCUUAUACAGUACAUAUGAUUCCUCUAUUGCAACUAAUAGCAAAAUUAUCAAGUGGAAUGUUUUUGAAUGCUGUUGUAGCAUUUCUUCUAAAUUUGUGGAUAAUUUAUUCAUUAUAUCUUUAUAUGAAUUAGAAUUAACUUCAGAAUCAAACUUUAAAAUGAAGUGUAGUACAAAUGCAUUAUAAAGCAUAUACUCACUUAAAACAUGCUAGAAACUGUACAUUUUGCUCCAGUAUGACCUCAGCAUCAUAACCAACACAGAGUUUCUUAAGUUUGGGCAGGGCAUCCAUCCAGCGCAAUGCAGCAGAGUCACCGAGUUCAGGGAUUCUGUGCUGUAUGAAGAGGAUUUAAGAGUUAAGCCUUAAAAGUGAUGUUUUAAAACAGAGGAAGAAAAGGGAAAGAACCGCCCUCCCACUUCAUUCUCAAUUUAGAGAUGAGAGAUGAAUUAUGACAUUUGGAAAAGCCCUAAUAUGUCAGCUCCCAGAUAAAAGAGGCAAUUGUAUAUAAGAAAAGAGUGUUUUAUGUUCGACCGCCACAAACUUUAAAUCAUAUAAACAUCAAAUUAAAGUUGAAUAGAAGUCCUCUGUUUGCUCUAUGAUUUAUGCUCUUAAAUUUAGCAGUUUAUUUGUUAAAAAAUAAUUAGCUAUUUAAAACGAGGCAAAUCCAUCAGAAGUCAUAUAAAAGGGGAAAAUUCUGGGUCUGGCAGCAGUGAGUUCUGUGAUUAAAGUCGAAGAGGAGGAGGAGGAGGGGGACAUGAUAAAGCGCCAUUAAUCUGGAUUGGAUUGAACCACUUCAAAUAAACAAAAGCGCUGACGGGUUUGGAAGAGAUUCAAGAACAGCUGGACGAGCAGGGAAGCACAGCAUGCCAAUGUGGGACAAACAGCGUUGAAUGUUGAAUCAGGCGACACGCUGAGAAUGACAUUCAACAAAACCUUCAGGAUUGUUCUUGGAAUCGCAAGAACUGCUGUAUUGUACAAAUGUAGAUCUGAUGUUUGCCAUUAUUUAUUGUCCUGUUUAUCUGUGUAAAAUAAAAGCAGGG